AUGCCAAAAUUUGUGGUUGGUGGAGAUGAAAACGUCGUAGAUGAGAAAGUGCCAACCAAAGCAUGUGAUGAACAUGUAGAAGCGGAUGAAGGAGAUGAUUGUAGAUUUGACUACUGCGACGAUCCGGACGGUGCAAGUUCGGACGAUGACGAAUACGGUAGGUAUGGUAGAUUUGCAGAUGACGAGAAACUGACGGAAAAUCUACCACAUAAGAAAAGGGGUGUAGCAUCGAUUCCUAAAUUUGUGAAGUUGGAAAUGCAGUCAGUAGACUUAGCUGUCGGGUGUUGGGUUGAAGGAUGUACAUGGAAGGUUCGUGCCUCCACAAUCGGACAGAGUCCCAAAUUCCAUGUGAAGACUUAUGUGGGAAAGCACUCGUGUUCUAUUACAGAACGUUCAAGGCGUGCUCGUAAAGCAACAUAUCAGUUGCUAGGACGUCUCUACAAAGAUUUCAUUGGUGGUGUUGGAUCAUCUGUGUUGCCAAGUCAUAUAGUCGAGGCUAUAACAAAAGGAUACCGAAUAAAAGUUGAAGACAUUGUAAUGAUGGUAGAUUUAUUUUGA